AUGCUUCCGUCGUGGCUAUGACUCGGGGCUGGAAUGAUCUUACUGCACUUCCUGCAGAAACUCCUGUUCCCUUACUUCUGGAAGGACUUCUGGCACCUGAUGAAGCUGACACGCUAUAGAAUCCAGAUAGAGCUGUACCUUGGGAAAGGGGACGUGGUCACUGUCCUGGAUAGAUUUCUGAGCCAUGCCAAGAAGCGAUCCAAGAAACCUUUCAUCAUCUACGAGGGAGACAUCUACACCUAUGAGGAUGUGGACAAAAGGAGUAGCAGAGUGGCCUAUGUCUUCCUGAGCCAUUCCACGCUGAGAAAAGGGGACACUGUGGCCCUGCUAAUGACCAAUGAGCCCCACUUCGUCCACUUCGGCCUGGCUAAACUGGGCUGCGUGGUGGCCUUCCUCAGCUCCAACUUUCACUCCAACUCCCUCCUGCAUUGCAUCCGCAGCUGUGAGCCCAGGGCCGUCGUAGUAGGCGCAGAUUUGCUUAAAACUAUAGAAGAAAUUCUUCCCAGCCUCCCAGUCUUCAGUGUUUGGGGGAUGAAAGAUUCUCUUCCACAAGGUGUAAUUUCACGCAAAGAAAAACUGAGCACAGCAUCUGACAAGCAAGUGCCAUGCAGCCACCAUGUCACCUCAAGCCUCAACUCUUAUCUUUAUAUUUUUACCUCUGGAACAACAGGUCUACCAAAAGCAGCUGUGAUUAGUCAGAUCAAGGCUUUAAAGGCUUCUGUUGUUCUGAGGGAUUUUGGUUGUACUACUGAUGACAUCAUUUAUAUAACCCUUCCUUUGUAUCAUAGUUCAGGAUCUCUUCUGGGAAUUGGUGGAUGUAUUGAGUUAGGAGCUACUUGUGUGUUAAAGAAGAAAUGCUCAGCAAGCCAAUUUUGGAAUGACUGCAAAAAGCAUAACAUGACUGUGUUUCAGUAUAUUGGAGAACUUAGUCGCUUACUCUGCAAACAACCUAAGAAAGAAGGAGAAAAAGAUCAUCAGGUGCAUUUGGCAGUUGGAAAUGUUCCAUGGAGUGAUAUAUGGAGAGAAUUUUUGGACAGAUUUGGAAAUAUUAAGAUGUGUGAGUUUUAUGGAGCUACUGAAAGAAACAUUUUUUCAGUGAAUCACACUGGAGAAAUUGGAGCAAUCAGGAGAAUAAAUUUCUUUUACAAAGUAAGUACCGUUUUUGACUUGAUAAAAUAUGAAUUCCAGAAAGAUGAACCCUAUAGAAAUGAACAGGGCUGGUGUAAAUGCCUUUCCCUCACAGGAGAACCUGGACUCUUCAUUUCUCAAGUAAGAGCAAUGAAUCCCUUCUUUGAUUAUGCUGGGAAUAAGAAGAACACAAAGAAACUGCUUUGUGAUGUUUUUAAGAAGAGAGAUGUUUAUUUUAACACAGGAGAUUUAAUGGUCCAAGAUCAGGAGGACUUCUUUUAUCUUGGGAACGGUAUUGGAGACACUUUCAGAUGGAAUGUUGCAACCACAGAGGUUGCUAAUGGUAUUGGAAUGUUGGAUUUCAUAUAAGAAUCAAGCAUCUGUGGCGUGGCUGUGCCAGCACCAUUGAAAACUCUGUUUCCCAAAGAUAUGGCAUCAUUGAAAAGAAUGUAUCACAAACUAAUAUUGAAACUCAACUACCUUGAGCAAGAAAAGAUGGAAGUGACAGAGACAUUCAAACAAAAGAAUUUGCAGUUGGUGGAAGAAGGAUUUAGUCCACUGAAAAUAGCUGAUCCACUUUACUUCAUGGAUAACUUGAAAAAAUUUUAUGUGCCAUUGUCCAAAGAACUUUAUGAUCAAAUAAUGUCGGCAGCAAAGUCACCUGGAAGGGUAUGUGAGAUAUUUGUCAAAGCUUUGAAAAUGGUUGCUGUUUGGAAAGCUAAAAUUUGCUUUCCAAAGAAUGAUAAGAAACUCAUGCAAGAGAAGAUGGUCUACUAUAGUGAUUAA